AAGCCAGAAAAAAACAAAAGGAGGGGGAUUAAAAGGAACCCAAAUUUCCCGGUUUCUUGAUUCGAUUGCAUAUGAGUGGAUCCAAGUAAUAUUCCACCAAAACUCUCCUAAGCAACCACCUCACCAUUCCUAUUUCUAAGGGAUACCCUCUUCUGGGCUUGAGUUGACUCUUUCUGUAUGGUUUUUACCAUCUCAGUUUGCGCCCUCCCAAGCUCUCUCUCUCUAUUUGCCUUCUGAAGAUCCGUCCUUAUUCCAUUAUUCCUUGAAUUGCUCAGCUUGCACUUGCAACACAAAUUGUGGAUGUAGUGAGACUGAGAUUGAUGAUACUACAAUUCUGAAGCAUUUAACUGUAAAUAUACAGUGAGACAUCUAUUGAACUAUGAGUGCGGGUUUAAAGAAAUCUUCUUCAAAUGGCUGCGAGAAGUCUCUUACAUCUGAAGAGCAGCAGUCAAAGAUUAAUGAGAUAAGAAGGUUGGUAGGACCAUUGCCUGAGAAGUUGGCCAUUUAUUGUUCUGAUGCAGCCAUUGCAAGAUAUUUAAGGGCACAGAAUUGGAAUGUCAAGAAGGCAACUAAAAUGCUUAAAGAGACCUUAAAAUGGAGAGCAGAAUACAAACCAGAAGAGAUUCGCUGGGAGGAGGUUGCUCAUGAAGCAGAGACGGGGAAGAUCUACAGAUCAAAUUAUGUAGACAAGCAUGGAAGAACGGUUCUUGUCAUGAGACCCAGUUGCCAGAACUCAAAAUCGACAAAAGGACAGAUUAGGUAUUUGGUUUAUUGCAUGGAGAAUGCAAUUGUAAAUCUUCCACCAGACCAGGAGCAGAUGGUCUGGUUGAUAGAUUUCAAUGGCUUCAACAUGUCACACAUAUCAGUGAAGUUGACAAGGGAAACAGCACAUGUUUUACAAGACCAUUAUCCAGAGCGCCUGGGUGUGGCAAUACUAUACAACCCUCCCAAGUUCUUUGAACCAUUCUGGACGGUGGUCAAACCGUUUUUAGAGGCCAAGACUCAGAACAAAGUAAAAUUUGCCUACUCUGAUGAUCUCAAUACCAAGAAAAUAGUGAAGGAUCUUUUUGAUAUGGAGAAGCUAGAGUCUGCAUUUGGCGGGAAUGAUGAUUCAGGUUUCGACGUUAAUAAGUAUGCCGAGAGGAUGAGGGAAGAUGACAAGAGGAUUCCCGCAUUUUGGACAAGGGAAAAUCCUCAAUCAGCAGCUCCACAACCUGCACCAACGUGUUCGGUUGAUUUGAGUUCUGUCAAUUUAAACUCUGAUUUUGAUGCUUCUGACAAUGACAAGGUAGACAGUUCCCUGAGUCAUGUUUCAGAUUCAGAAGGCCUCCCUCCCAAUAAAGGAGUCUUGGUUACUGAGGGCAGUGAUAAUGGCUCCAGGGAAGUUCAUUAGAUAAAGGAGGAUCGAAGCUUGAGCCUGUCUUGGCUGAGGUAAUAAGUUAUGAUGAUCUGACUGUAUGCGGCCUCGCUGACUGACUGCUUUUUUAGUUAGAAAUAUGAAUUUCCUUGGAUAAGAGCUUGUUUUUAUCCCUUUUAAGCCAACUCUUUGAUCUUCAUGAUUAGCUGAAAGUUCUUGCCUCGUGAGCUUGUUUUAACAUUUGACAAAAUAAAAUGUGGGUUCUUCAAAUAUGGA